AUGGACGGCCUCGACGACAUCAGCCAGGAGGAGAUCGACGCCUUCGCGGCGUCGGGCCAGGACCUCGGGCCGGGCGAGGACUCCAUCUUCGUCGCGGCCUUCGCCGAGGCCUUCGACCACGACCCCAACGUGGCCGCCUGCCGGCCCUGCAAGCCGGCGCCGCCGCUCAUGUUCCGAUCGCCGACGCUCGUCUACCUGCCCCAGAAGGCCGAGGCCGAGUUCGACGCGCUGGCGGGCGCGUACUCGGCGAACCUCGCGCCGAACCUCGCGCCGUCGGAGGGGCGCUGGCCGUCGGACGGCGCGGACGCGUCCGGCUACAUCGCGUCGGCUUCGGACGUGCCGGCGCCGCCGGCGCCGGCCGAGGACGCGCCGACGCCGCCGGCGGACGCGCCGGACGGGCUCGCGCCGUCGAUCGCCGCGCGCCUCGCGUCGUCGGACGCCGUCGAGGCCGCGCUCGUCAGCGUCUGCGGCUUCGUCGACCCCGUGGUCAUGGCCCUGGCGUCGGGCCACGCGACGGAGGACGCGCUGCGGGCGGCGCUCGCGCGGGCGCUCGGCGCGGAGCAGGCGGCGCGCGUCGCCGACGCCAUCGUCCGCGGCGACCGGCCCGAGGCGUCGUCGUCGUCGUCCGACGACGACGGCGACGGCGACGCGCCGAUCCCGGACUGGGUCCGCGCGGCGGACCUCGACGACCAGCUCGUGCGGUUCGACGCCUGGGUCCGCGGCGACGGCGCCCUGCGCAGCGGCGACGACGGCCCCGCCGCGGACCUCGGCGCGCGGCUCGCGCUCGCCGUCCAGGAAGCGCAUCCCUACGCGCUCGCGGAGGUCUACGGGAGCCGCGCGUGCGGCGUCGAGCUCUUCGACAGCGACGUCGACCUGCGGCUCCUCGACGCCGUGCCGCUCGCGGACGUCGCGCGCGCCAUCGACGGCGCGGCCUGGAGCCGGAGCGUGGAGCACGUGCACGCGCGCGUGCCCGUCGUCAAGGGCGUCGACCGGCGCACGGGCCUCGCCUUCGACGUGUCGCGCGCCUGCGACGGCGACCGCGCCGCGGCGGACCGCGGCGACGCCGGCGACGGCACGGCGGCCAUCGAGGCCUUCGCGGCGGCGCGCGCGGCCUACGCGCCCGUCUGCCGCUUCGCCAAGGUGCUCCUGCGCCAGAGCGGCCUCGACGACGUCUACGGCGGCGGGCUGGGGUCCUUCCGCUGCUGCGCGCUCGUCGCGAAGGCGCUCCCGAACAAGCCGCCGGGCGCGGCGCUCCUCGGCGUCCUCGACGCCUGGGCGUCGCCGCGGGCCUACGACGCGCCGCUGUCCUUCGGCGGGUCGGCCGUCGACCUCUCGUCGCUCGACGACCCGCGCGCGCUCGCGGCGUGCUUCGCGCGCGCGGCGGCGGCGAUCCGGUCCGGCGGGUUGGCGGCGGCGCUCGACGUGCCGGGCCUCGCGCGCCGGAGGCGCAAGCACGACCGGCGGACGACCCCGGCCUCGUGCCGCUUCUUCUGCGACGCCUGGCCGGGCCGGAGGUUCGUGCCGACGAAGUGGUGGAGCUCGUGGUCCUUGACGCGCACGACGCCCGUGUCGCCGUCGACGAUCAAGCCGCCGAAGAACUGGUCGAAGUUCUCCUGCGUCGAGUAG